AGAGAUAAGAGAGCAAAAGUAUCCACACAACUCAAAAGAGAAGGAAGGAAGAGAGCAGUCCGCAGGUUCAUCUUUCAGUGCGUAGUACUGAUUGUUUGAGCCAUAACUUAAGAUUGACUCGUCCAAUUUAGGCGUAUAAGAUACCAAAAGAAAGCUCUCAAGACGAGGAAUCCGUGAAGGUCUUGUUUGCAUCAAUCGGAGUAGUGGAAGGCUUCCAAAUCGUCCGAGAAAAACACAACCUCGCAGGAACGAAUUUAAUCUUCUAAAGAAACGAGUUAGCCGGAAAACACCCAUUCUAGGGGCUGUUUUCGUAUCAACGUUUAGGGGUUGAAGUAGCACUUUGAGAAGGCUGUUUAACGCUAAUUUCUAAGCAAGGAAUCAGUUCUCAAGCUUCCUUGGCCGAGUAUUUGGUCAUUGGAUUGAGAAGGAAAGUUUUAAAGCUCAUUUGAGGUUGAAGCUAGAGCUUGCAUCCUGUGCUCGUUGAUUGAGUGAUUCCUCGGAGGGAAGACUUGAAAUGGACCAUGGUGGCAAGGUUACUUGGAGAAACCCAACGGGCCGUGCACCGGUGGAGACCGGUCAGGGCAGCCGUAGGACCUCUAGGGCAUCUAGAGGAGCGGGCCGUGGGGUCCGAUCGCAGACCGUGAGCGACGGUCAUGUGGGCACUGAGAACGAGAGCUACUGGUCCUAUGAGGACUCGACCUAUCAACCGGAAACCGAGCCGGUUGAGACCCCUUAUGAAGGGGAUGAUGAUGAUGUAAGUGAUGAAGAGGAGGAAAAUGGCUCCUUGGCAAGAAUUGAGGCGCUGCUCCAACAGUACCACCGAGAGCGUGAGGAGAGGAGGGAACGCCGAAGGCACCGAGCAGGGCAACCUUCAGGCAUGGCUUCGAGAGGAGGAAGCCAUGGUGCUUCUAGAGCCCAAGAUGAACCACAUGGGGGCCAUGGUGAUGGAGGUCCAACCAUAAGGAUCUCAAAAUUCAUCAAAGAAGCAAGAGAUUUGGGGUGCAAACCGUUCGAUGGAACGGGGGACAUUUCAGUUGCCGCACAAUGGAUCAAGAGGCUAAAUGAAGCAGCCCUUGACAUGCAAAUCACGCCCAAUCUUAAACUGAGAAUUGCGGUAAGAUUCGUAUGGUUCACAUGCUCUGGGAAUGUCUCUGUGUCAAAAACACUCUUGCAAAACUCCACGAUAUCUGGACCCACAACGUCCCAAAAAUGCUGGUAAAAGCCAGGACUCAUACCGUCAGGUCCAGGGGAUUUAUCAAGAAACAUUGCAAAAAGGGCUGACUUCACUUCCUCUCCUAAAAUGGGGCGUAGAAGAUUAAAAUUAUGGGAGUCGUCAAGUUUUUUCCCCACACAAUCAUACACGAAAGUGCCAUCACCCUGCAAAGAAGAAAAUAUAUUAACAAAAUAAUCAUUAAUAAUUCUACUAACUUCCUCCCGGUCUUUCUCCCACCAAAUUUUGAGGGUCGGGCCUAAGAAUAACUCAACGGUACGUCUUCUCAAUUGUAAGAGAACAUAUAUGAGGAUAUAUGACAUUAUGAUAUUCGGGCUCGGCUUGACUCAAUAACAACCUUAUGUUGAAGUGAAACGAAGGUAGAGAGAUUGUUUUGACGUUGAUAUAAAUGGAAUGAGCUGUUGUCACACUCGACGAAAUGAGCAGGAAAUUCCUUCUUAGUAAACUAGUGUUAUUACCUAGGACAAUUUACAAAGAAAUUGUGUGUAAAAGAUAUGACGAGUACACUACAAAAAACGGCAUUUGUCACGGAUUUGAUCCUUGACAGGUUUGUCACAGAUUUAUCUCCCAUGUCACCAAAAACCUUUGUCACAGACAAAAUCCGUGACAAAGCUUUGUCACAGACGUUUUCUGUGACAACACGGCUCCGGUGACCGGAAACUUAUGCCGGCGUAAUUUUUUUAUUCCGGCGUUUUGUCACGGGCCAAAUCCGUGACAAAUUUAUUAUUAUUUUUUCGUUUGUCACAGACGGAUCCGUGACAAAGCCCAAUAAUUGCUAUUUCGUUCCAACGGUCACCGAAUUAAUGUUGUACGGAUAGAGGUUGUCACGGAAAAAUUCUGUGACAUAGUGUUUGAUAUGUGCAAGAACAGUUUCAUUCGACUCAUACCGGUUGAAAUUCAAUCGGAGUAUAAUACAACAUCUGUUGAAAGAUUGAAGGAUGUAAUCUUAUGUCAUUUUCCCUGCCUAUGCAGAUAAAAUAUGUCAUUUGAAUUAUGUAUCUUUUUUAAUGCUACAUGAAAAAAAUCGUUUUAAAU